UGGAUGUAUAACUAUUAUGUAAGUUAUAUCGUUUUGGAAUAAUUAACUUCAUUUUUCACACUUAAUAAGUGAUUAUUAGUACUUAAUAAGUAAUUAAAUCAAAAUGGGAGGAAAGAGGUUUGGAGAACUUGAAAAAGUAACUGGCGUUACAUUUUUCCGUCUUAGUCCAUAUGAACAAAGUCCUUUUGCUGGAAUACGUGAGGCUGGUGCACGAUUUAUAAAACGCUGCAGAGGAGAAUUUUUUUUUAUUACACCUCCCUUUAUUUGUUCUUACCUGCUAAUGGAAUGGGCAAAUGCUGAAUAUUAUAAAUUACAACGUAAAAAUCCAAAAGAUUAUGAAAAUGAUACAUAAUCUUUCGACAUUGACAAGUAGAUAUGGCUAUACUUGAUAGCCUAAUGUAAAAUGUAACAUUCAUGUUAAAUGAAAUUUGAUUUAAAUGUUAACAUUAAAAUGAAACUCAUUAAAUAUUUGGAAAGAAAAGUAUAUUUUAGUUUAUACAGUUGAGAUCUUUUUCGACAAUGGUAUAUUCUGUAGAAUUGCAUCUAAUUAUAUAUAUUCUCUACUAAAUUUUAUUUGUAUUUAAUGCAAUAAAUAAUUGGUACGAAUAAAAUAA